UCUGAUGCUAUUCAAAACACCAUCAAUUGUUACAACACCCAGGCCAUUGCUUUGGACCCCCCUUGGCUGAAACUGGCAUGGAACGACAUCGUCAAAUAUAGCUUCCUUGGUGAGUUUGACCUUUUGCGUCAUUCACGUACUGACAUUCGCGAACACAAUUGGACUGUGCCUGCUCAUUGUGAAGCCACUGUGAAAUACUUCAAGCUUCAACAUGCUCAUGAAGAAAUUCAGCGUCUCAAUGUUGAGGUCCAUCAUCUGCGCACAUCAAUUCAAGAUGAAGAAGUCAAAACCGCCGCAACCAUUCAUCGACUCCUCGAGAUGGAUCACACGCUGGCAGUGGAGUUAAAAUAUUGUUAUCAAGCACGUGCUGCAGUCAAUGCCAUGCACCUGUUCCGAUUAGAUCAACUGGAGUCGCAGCGUGCAUUUUCAGGCAGACGGGGUAUUGGCAUCCAGCUUGGAAGUUCAUUGUUGUCGCUGCAUGAUCAGUCAGAGGUAACAAGUUCAUCACUACACACUGGUUUGUAG